CCGAUCGAAGGUUGCGCUGCUGCUGUGAAAGAGAGACACCCGACGACGACACGGGCGGGUGAACGGGUGUCGGAUUAGUGGCACAAAUAGUUCCGGUCAGUGGCAACAAUUUCGGGCGGGGUGGUAGGGACACCGACACCGCGUGUGAUAAAAGAGCAAUUCGAGCGCCGAGCGUAAAGUGCGCGUAACUGUUGCCGCGUGCCGCGGCCAAACACAGAACGCGGCCAGUUGCGGCACAUCGGCGGACGGUGACGGAUCGGAUCACGCGCGCGCGCACUCUUGCGCCUAAAGGGAUUCGGGGUGCACAUCGGGGUCGGCUCGGCUUAAUUGAACGAUUGUGUGUGCGAACAGUUUCGGUGCUUUGUGUGUUUCCGCGGACGCUGAGCGAUGUCGCAACCGACGGAGAUGGCGGCGCGCAGCAAGGAGCUCCUGACGCUGCCGAUCGAGCAGACGGCGCCGGAUCGACCACAGGGAUGUUGCCGCCGGUGGUGGCUGUUUAUGGGCGUGUACUGGAAGACGCUACUGGUGCUGGCGGUCCCAUGUCUUGCCGGGGGUAUCUUCCUGUACGACACGACACCCCCGUUCCGGUGUAUGUAUGUCGUCGCCGUGAUGGCCGUAUUUUGGAUCACGGAAGCGCUUCCCCUGCCGAUCACAUCUAUGCUGCCGAUCGUGCUGUUCCCAAUGAUGGGCAUCCUCGGAACGAAUCAGACCUGUAUGAUGUACAUGAAGGACACAAUGAUGAUGUUCGUGGGGGGGAUCGUGAUGGCACUGGCGGUCGAGUACUGUAAUCUGCACAAACGAGUCGCCCUGAAAGUGAUCUCUGUGAUCGGCUGCAGCCAACGGCGGCUAACGUUCGGACUGACCGCCGUUACGAUGUUCGUCUCGAUGUGGAUCUCGAACACGGCCACGGUGGCGAUGAUGUGCCCGAUCGUACAGGCGGUCCUCGAGGAGCUGGAAGCGCAAGGACUGUGCAAGAUGUACGAUAGGCCGAAAUCGAUCGAAAGUGCGGUCUCCGACGAAGACAGCACACCUCGGCCGACGAAGAUCACCCUUUGCUACUACAUCGGAACGGCCUACGCGGCGACCUGCGGUGGCUGCGGUACGAUUGUAGGAUCGGGAACGAACCUUACGCUGAAGGGCAUCUACGAGAGCCGGUUCCCGGAUGCUCCCGGGAUCGAUUUCCCGAAGUUUAUGUUCUACAACGUGCCCGGAAUGCUGGUGUACACGUUCUUCACCUGGCUGUACCUGCAGUGGCUGUUUAUGGGACUUUUCAGACCGAAAAGCGAAGAAGCGAAGGCCGCCAACAUUGGACCCGAGGGAGAAGCCGUGGCCAAGCGUGUCAUCGAGCAACGGUACCGGGAGCUGGGGCCCAUGUCUUCGCACGAAAUCGGGGUCGCCUUUUUCUUCGUCCUAUCCGUGGUGCUGUACUUCACCCGCGAGCCCGGCUUCGUAAGCGGUUGGGCGGACCUCAUCCCUGGCAUCAAAAUCAAAGACGCCACUCCCGCCAUUUUCAUCGUCAUCAUGCUUUUUAUCGUUCCCGCCGAUUGGAGUUGUUUGUCGUUCUGCCGCAAGGGCGCUGGCAAACUCCCCAAAAAACCGUCUUCCGGGCUGCUCACGUGGCGUUUCAUUAACCAAAAAACGCCCUGGAGUUUACUGUUCCUGCUCGGAGGUGGCUUCGCCCUGGCUGAGGGUGGCCGGGUGUCCGGGAUGUCUGCCCUCCUGGGCCAAUCGUUGGCCGGGCUGAAGGUUCUACCACCGCUGCUGCUACUGUUCGUGCUCUGUAUGGUCGGUGAGUUCCUGACGGAAUUUACGUCAAACGUGGCCAUCUGCAACGUGGUGCUGCCGGUGUUGGCCGAAGUGGCGAUCGCGAUUGAAAUUCAUCCACUGUACCUGAUGUUUCCGGUGGCGAUGGUCUGUAGCUUCUCGUUCCAUCUGCCCGUCGGGACACCGCCGAAUGCGAUCGUCGCGGGAGUGGGCAGCAUUCGCAUCAAGGACAUGGCCGUGGCCGGUAUCGGUCCGUCGGUGGUCACCCUGCUCGUCAUGUGGGCCAGCUUCCCGACGUGGGGCGCGGUCAUCUAUCCGGAGCUGGCCACGUUCCCGGAGUGGGCUCGCCAUCGAAACGAUUCCUUGUAUUGAGACGCUGUUGGAAAUGUAUUCCUUUAGGUUUUUUUAUUUUUAUCGCGCGUGCCAUUCGAUGUAAGCCAUUGUUUUUUUACAUUGUUGUAGUCAUUAAGGCAGAGUUUAAUAAAAUUAACUUUAUUUAACGAA